AUGGUUUAUGGGAAGGCUUGUCAUCUACCGGUGGAGUUGGAACACUGUGCAUAUUGGGCGUUGAAAGUAGUUAAUCUGGAUAUGGAUAGUGCGGGUAAACAUGUGUUUCUCCAGUUGCAUGAAUUAGAGGAGUUAAGAGAUGAGGCGUAUAUGAGAUCACUAGGCUAUAAGGAGAAGAUGAAGAGGCAACAUGAUAGUAAGCUGAGAGGAAAUAAGGAGUUUAACCCUGGAGACAAAGUCCUUUUUAAUUCUAGAUUAAGAUUGUUCCUAGGUAAACUUAGGUCUAGAUGGACAGGACCGUACAUAGUUGUUCAUGCUUUUUCAUAUGGUACGGCUAAGUUGAAGAGUGGGGAUGGUUAG